AUGGACAGGAGCUCACUGUUGCAGCUUAUCCAGGAGCAGCAGCUGGACCCUGAGAACACAGGCUUCAUCGGUGCAGAUACCUUCACGGGCUUGGUGCACAGCCAUGAGCUACCCCUGGAUCCAGCCAAGCUGGACAUGCUGGUGGCCCUGGCCCAGAGCAACGAUCGGGGCCAGGUCUGCUACCAGGAGCUGGUGGACCUGAUCAGCAGCAAGCGCUCAAGCAGCUUUAAGCGGGCCAUCGCCAAUGGACAGCGGGCACUGCCCCAGGAUGGGCUGCUAGACGAACCAGGCCUGGGUGUCUAUAAGCGGUUUGUUCGCUACGUGGCCUACGAGAUCUUGCCCCGAGAGGUGGACCGCCACUGGUACUUCUACCGGCACCGAAGCUGCCCACCCCCUGUGUUUAUGGCCUCGGUCACUCUGGCCCAGAUCAUCGUGUUCCUGUGCUACGGGGCCCGCCUCAACAAAUGGGUGCUGCAGACCUACCACCCAGAGUACAUGAAGAGCCCUCUUGUAUACCACCCCGGGCACCGAGCUCGAGCCUGGCGCUUCCUUACCUACAUGUUCAUGCACGUUGGGCUGGAACAGCUGGGGUUCAACGCACUCCUCCAGCUGAUGAUUGGGGUGCCCCUGGAGAUGGUGCAUGGCCUGCUCCGCAUCAGCCUGCUCUACCUGGCUGGCGUGCUGGCAGGCUCCCUGACUGUCUCCAUUACUGACAUGCGGGCCCCUGUGGUGGGGGGCUCUGGCGGAGUCUACGCCCUGUGCUCUGCACACCUGGCCAAUGUCGUCAUGAACUGGGCUGGGAUGAGGUGUCCCUACAAGCUGCUGAGAAUGGUGUUGGCCCUGGUGUGCAUGAGCUCCGAGGUGGGCCGGGCUGUGUGGCUGCGCUUCUCUCCACCACUGCCUGCCUCGGGCCCACAGCCAAGCUUCAUGGCACACCUGGCUGGUGCAGUGGUGGGGGUCAGCAUGGGCCUGACCAUCCUCCGCAGCUAUGAAGAGCGCCUUCGGGACCAGUGCGGCUGGUGGGUGGUGCUGCUUGCCUACGGCACCUUCCUGCUCUUCGCCAUCUUCUGGAACAUCUUCGCUUAUGACCUGCUGGGUGCCCACAUCCCCCCACCGCCCUGAGGGGCUCCUAGGGGCCACAUGGGCUAGGGUGUGGCCUGCAUGUCCACCUUCUGUGAAUAUAUGUCUCAAGGCUGUUUCUCCCGUGAGGGAAGGUGGCCCCUGUGGCCUGUUGAGUCCAGGCCAAGCCUUACACUAGCUCUGGCCUCCCUCCCAGGCCUGGGGGGGUUAGGACUGCUGGGCCAGGCUGGAUGGUGGAGGACCCAAGGGUGGCCCUAGAGGAGAGCCUAUCCUUCAGUCUCCCUGCAGGACUUGCAGUCUGAGCCUUUUUGGAGAAUAAAUAAAUAUUUUACACAGCA